AAGUGGCAGGUUUGACUCAUCCUAAGCCCAGACUGAAGCGUUCCGGGGCUGUGGGGUGGUUUUGGUGUCACGUUGUCUCUGGGAGCUGAUGGUCAUUCCCAAAUUAUUCCCAAUUUUCCCCCCGGGAACGCUCAGAGGACGCCUAUAAAAUCCGGAUCCGCAUCGACGACGAGCCCGCCAACCUGGACAUCCUGGACACGGCGGGGCAGGCGGAGUUCACGGCCAUGAGGGACCAGUACAUGCGGGCCGGGGAGGGAUUCAUCAUCUGCUACUCCAUCACCGACCGGCGCAGCUUCCACGAGGUGCGCGAGUUCCGGCAGCUCAUCUACCGCGUGCGCCGCACCGACGACACGCCCGCCGUGCUCGUGGGCAACAAAUCCGACCUGGCACAGCUGCGCCAGGUGUCCAAGGAGGAAGGCUCUGCCCUGGCCCGGGAGUUCAACUGCCCCUUCUUCGAGACGUCGGCGGCGUUCCGGUACUACAUCGACGACGUGUUCCACGCCCUGGUGAGGGAGAUCCGCCGCAAGGAGAGGGAGGCCGUGAUGGCCAUGGAGAAGAAAUCCAAGCCCAAGAGCAGCGUGUGGAAGAGGCUCAAGUCUCCCUUCCGCAGGAAGAAGGACUCAGUCACCUGAGCCGGGGGGGGGGGGAAAGGAAAAUUCCUCUGGGAAGAACGGAAGGAGAGCCCGGCGGGCGGGCCCGGAGCGGCUCAGGGACAACACCCUGAGGGGACUCCGGGAGUGACUCUGCCCGUUGUUUGUGUUUAGGAUGAGAUUCCCUUCCUUCCGCAUCCUGGACUUCGGACACAGCAACGGGUUUUCCUCCUGUUUGUUGCCAUUUUUCCCUCGGUUCCCGGCGUCACUUUGGGAACAUUCCCGGGUCAAACUGGGAGUGUUGGGAGCUGGGCUGUGCCAGACGUGGCUGGAGCUGCCCCCAGACCGGCUGAAUUCCCUGUUU